AUGGAUCAUGGUCUAAGCGAUCAUAUCGAAAUAACUAUAACGCAAGUUCUGGAACUAAGAACCGGAAUAGAAAGUGCUUUAAAAUAUUACAUAGGAAACAAUGACAUUUCCUACCAACAAAAGCUAGAAUAUUUUCGGAAAGACCUCGAGAACUCUACAUAUCAUAUAUUCGGCAAACACGACAAUUGUGUAGAAUACUUCUGCAAGAUAAAAAAUAGCCAACUGCCAAAUUUGGUUACAGCAAUGAGCGAAUGUGGUCUUUUAGAAGAUAUUAAAGGUUGUGUAAAUCGUCUAAAAUUCCACAGUGAAAGUUUAAUGAAAAAUUUGAAUAAUAACUCCGCAGAAUAUUUCAAUGCGCUAGUGGCAAAGCUUGCUGGAGGUAAAAGAAUCAACUUUUUCAAAAGAGGUGGUUAUAGCGGAAGAUGCUUUGCUGCUGCGACAUCAUAUAAUUCAAGAGGAAAUUUAUUGCAUGUGGUACACAAAAAAAUCACAGGGAGAAGCCCCGGAACAUUUACCACGCGAUUAUUAAAAAGGCGCGAAAAUUCCAGAACUAAGGUAAGACCAAAAAAAAGGAAGCUAUUUACCGUGCAAGAGGCUGACGCAGAGUAUGGUUUGGAAGCAUCGAAACCAAAAAUUGAGAUCGAAAGCACUGAGAUGGAAAAAUUAAAAGACCAAUAUUUGGAAGAAUUGAGAAUCGCAUCAUCGGAAGAAGUAUUCUCGUCUACAAUUAAUCAAAGUUUGUCACAAGCUUGGUUCUUAGAACGAAGAAAACGCUUGACAGCAUCAAAUUUUGGCAGAAUCUGUAACUUGAGGGCUACAACUGACAAACAAAAAGUUGCUAAGAGCAUAUUAAGCCCAACAUUUCAAGGAAAUCGUUACACGGAGUACGGUAUCGCAAAUGCAAAUGAGCUUAAAGCUAUUGCGCAAUUGGAACAGAUGGUUUUCACAAAAAUUAACAAAUCGGGAUUAUUUGUCAGUAAAGAUUAUCCAUUCCUGGCAGCUUCUCCAGAUGGUCUUCUGGAAAAUGAUGGACUAGUGGAAAUUAAAUGUCCAUUUGUAGCAAGAAAUUCAACACCUGAGCAAGCCAUUGAAUCAAAGACAAUAAAAUUUGCUCACCUUGAAAAUGGAAAUCUGGGAAACGAUGCUGUUCUUGACCAAAACAGUGAAUCUCAAGAUCCUGCUGUAAUCAUUGUAGAUGAUCCUCAACCCGAACCAAUUAAAAUGCCUCCACUAAUUAUUAUUAAAAAAAGUCAAAAACUAUCCAUUCCUCGAUCCACUCCAUUCAUUUCGGCUAUACCCUCCACAUCUACCAUGCAAGAAAAUUUUGUUCCAAACACCACAAUACACACACAGAUAUUUUUGCCACACCCUCUACUUCUGAGGCUGGUAAGACAAAAUGGAAGGACAAGAAAUGCUUGUGAGGAUGAGAUUAUGAGAGGCAUUAAAAAGUUUCUAGUCAAGGCUAAAGAGAGAGUUCUGAAUAAGCAAAAAAGCGAUGAAGUCUUAAACCUUGUGGCAAACAAACUUCAGGAUCAAGGCAAAUAUUCAGCUUUCGGCCGGAACGUAGCUACAGAACUUCAGGAACUUUACCCCGAGAUGGCCAUACAUUUCAAAAAAUUUAUCAAUGAAGCAAUCUUUCGACCACCAAUUGGAAAAUUAAACGAAACAUCAAAAAUCGUAAUAGAUAGAGCCCCAACAUUUUUGCAAUAUGACCACCACGCCCGGGGUAGUCUGCCCAUUGAAACUGAAGUUAGAAGAUCGAGAGUAGAGGCAGCCAAUAAACCCUCACAACGCAUUGGGGAAUAUACGACAACUUCUCGUACAAUGGACACUUUUCCGUAUAACCAUCAGGAGCUCAGUCUGCCCAUCGAAACUGAAGUUGUAAGACCGACAGGAGAAGCAACCAGUGAUCGCUCAUUACGCCUUGGGGAAUAUUUUGCACAAUAUAACUUUGAAGAAUAUUGA